AUGUCACGAAAAAAAGGCGCAGGUAGUUCUUUUGAAGCUUUAGAAAAUCUCCCUUUAUCUAAGCGGAAAAAAAAGAGUAAAGCUUUGGCCGAAGCUUUUGAAUUUGAAGAAGAUGAAACGUUUGUGGAUGCUGUUUUUAUUCCAAACCCUGAUGAAUCUGAUCUAAAAAAAUAUAUUGUUGAAAGUACGAACGCUAAUGGAUUAGAUCUUUCACUUGGUGAAUUUGAGGUAUUUUUGGGAAUAAUCAUCUUCAGUACCUUCAAUCAAAGACAAUCUCAAAAAGAUUACUGGUCAUUAGAUCCAUUUUUGAGAGCUGAACCUGUUGCAGCAGCUAUGAGUAGAAACAGAUUUGAAGCGAUAAAGUCAAAAAUUAAAUUUCAUAAACCAAAAGAGAGCGAUAAUCAGAAUUUUGAUAAAGUUUGGCGAGUUCGACCAAUACUGAAUAUAUUCAGAAAAAACAUUAUGAAAUUCGGAUUUUAUUCUACAGCUCUUUCCAUCGACGAGAUGAUGGUAAAAUAUUUUGGGAGAUGUAAACUGAAACAGUUUAUAAGAACUAAACCGACCAGAUUUGGAAUAAAAUUGUGGGCUUCAUGUAGUUCUUCCGGAUAUUUGUAUGAUUGCGACAUUUAUUGUGGGAAAAAUUUAGAAAAAGGGGAUGUUUUAGCAAACUGUGCUUUAGGAAGCCGCGUUGUAGUUCAAAUGCUCCAACAACUGCUGUCUAAUAUUCCUCCCACAAAACUCCUGCAGUAUCAUGUCUAUUUUGACAAUUUAUUUUGUUGUCCUGACUUGUUGGUACACUUAAAAAAGAUUGGUCUUCGUGCCACAGGUACUGUCAGGUCAAACAGAAUAAAGGAAAAAAAUAAUAUAAAAGACGAUGCUCCUAGAGGGACUUACGCUGUUAAAAAUGACAAACAUAGUGGAAUAAAUUUUAUUACACUUAAAGAUUCAAAACUUGUCUCUGUCUUGUCAACAGCAGCUGGUGUAAGGCCUCUUACUUCUGUCAAAAGGUACAAUAAGGAAGUAAAAAGAAAAACUGAAGUGCCAUUUCCAAAUGCUUUUAGUGCUUACAACAAGUUCAUGGGUGGCGUCGAUAUUCAUGACCAAUACUGCAACAGAGUAAUGCCCAUCAUGAGGUCAAAGAAGUGGACGUGGGUUAUUUUUAUUCGACUCAUUCAGUCCGCAAUUACAAAAGCUGUAAUUUUGUCGAAUGAUGCUAACGAAGAAACCAUCUACCUCCAAGUGGUGAGAAUCGGGCAACACCCAUUAAAAAUAGGUGGCUAA